AUGGCCGUCAUCGAGGAGAAGCUCAGCAAGGCUUUGCUGCUUCCCUCUGAGCCUCACCUAAUAAGCCAAGGUUCCUCCGCUUCCAUCAUCUCCCGGCAUUCCAAGCCGAUCAACUCCAAGAUCUCCAAGCCUGAAACGCCCGAAAUCUCAUCGGCCCGGUUGUCUGACUUUGAUGACAUUGAUCAGAUGUUAGGGGAAAGAGUGAUGAAGUCAGCCAUGAAGAAUAGUAGCUGGAAGAGGAGUGGCACGCACCUUGGUGCAUCAAUGGGCCUCACCUCGAUGGCUAUGUCUGCCAAGAGCGUUUCAAUUGCAAACAUCCUGCCGCAGACCAUUCCCAGUGCCUCAGAUGAGGACGGCCCGGGCGUGAGUCUGGCCAAAGCCCAGGACUUAGGGAUCUCCACAUCGGAUCAGGCUCACCAGAUCAUUCCGCCCAAUGUCCCCGAGACGCCCAAGUCCAACGCCAGCAACAGCCAUGCCGCGUCCUUGAGCAAUGUCUUCCGACAUCGCGAGGUUCAGCUCAUCCCCGUCUCAACCGCAACCAAUGGCACCAGCCUUCGCAUUCCCAGUGACGUGCCGGAGUCCCAUUCCCACGGAGGUGUCGUCACAGCAGGGCGGCGCUUGUUGAUUGUCUUCGAAUGUUGGACACGCUUCUGUGGCCUGACGCCGCUGGUCCAGCGAUGGAUCGAGAAUCCAAAAGAUCAGUGUGAAGAUCUGGAUCCUAGGAUGAUGUUCCUCUCAAAGGCCUACCACAGCCUGGUGCUGCUGCUGAGCUUGGGGUGCAUUGCGCUUGGUGCCAGUAACCUGAGUGUCUGUUCAGCCCAACCCGACGUCGACUGCACCGGCUGGCCCGCGACGGAUGUGGCCGUUGCUCUGGGAGCUGCACUGGCUAUCGCUUCCUGCGGUGGGUUGCGGCACUACUUCAAGAGUGCGCAGAUGCAGAUACUGAUAACUGAGCACUUGAAGGCAAGCAUUCAUCUCGCAGACUUGGAGAAUCAGUUCUGGAGACAGAAGGUCGCCGAUGGCUUCACUAUGGUGUUUCUUUGGAUGGCAAUCUUGGCAGUCCGCAUAUGGAUGUAUGCCUUUCAACUGGAGCUGCAUGAAGAACUCGCCCUGAAGAUCGUCCCGCACGCAUUUGCUUCAGCCGCACUUCUAGGAGCUUGCUACUUGCAAGUGGCGUGUUGGCGUGGCGUCUCCUUGACCAUCGUUGCAUUUGCGCGGUCCUUGCUUGGUGGACUGCUUGAUGGACAGGAGGCCAGAGCCAAGUGGCGAGAGAUGACAAGUUGCAUGCGCCAGGCUUCACGCACGUAUCAGCUCACCUCUGCGGCCUUGGCACUGACUACGAUGCUGGUGUCCUUCACUGCACUCUUCGACAUGCACCAGGGUUUGCUGCUGCACAUGCUCCCGAAUCUCGUGGUGGCGGGCAGCCUGCUCAGCUCGUUGUAUGUCGCAGCCUCUACGACGGCUCACUGCACGAGACUCCCUUCUUUGGUUAGCAUGCUUGAUGGUGAUGACGAAGAGUCAGAACUGGAGUACAUGAAUCUGUCUCUGUUUCUGAGCCUCAGUGAGUCUGGCUUCUUCAUGUGGGACACCCGCGUCACGCUGGGUGUCCUGCAGAAGUUUGUGUAUUUCUCCACUGCAAUUGUAGGCACGAUCGGCUUUCAGCUGAACGUGCUUCAUUUCUGA